CAGUAUCCGGAGACUAGUGGGCGUGCCCGACGCGUGGGAAGUUGUUUUUGAGGAGAGAAGAUCGAAGAGAGGGAAAAUGGUGCAGCCCAUCCGCGUCAUGAACAUGCUGGUGACGUUUCUACUCAUCGCCAUCUUUGCUGCGGCUGGAGUCAUGAAACUGACGCCCAUCAUAAGCCCCGAGGUCCACAAUGAGUUGAAAGGAAACUUUGGUAGAUUUGUGGCAGUACCUCCGAUGAACAUUCUCCAACUCGGCCCAGACGUGUACCGUACUCUGGUGGGUGUGGUGGAGCUGGCGUGUGUCGCCUGUCUCGCCUGUCCACACAGUAAGAUACAACUGGUGGGGCACUACGCUCUACUGCUAGUGAUGCUGGGGCCAUAUGGACACACUUCUUCCUCAAAGACACAGUCGACAAGAUGAUUCCGGCCAUUAGCUGCCUUGGUUUGCUUCUCCUACGGCUCUAUACCAGUGGCAAGGUCUCUGUGAAGGUCAAGACGAAGUAGAAACUGUUUGAAUGUUAGAACUUGAUUAGGAAAAGUACGCUGAUCUAAUAACAACAAAUAACAACACACAUGAACAUGAAUAUUUGGUAGGUGCUGGUCAUGUGAUGUCAUGUGAUCAGUUCUGAGUCGUGGGCUCCUGUGAGUGCAUGUCUAGCAUCUCCUGAAGCUCCGCCUCCCAGGCCUCUGUGUCCACUUCCUCCCCUCCUCCCCCUUCCCCCUCACCACCCACACCCUGCAC